AUGGCUACCGCUGCUGAACUAGGCUCAACUUGUGCCUUCACAACCCGCAUUUCGCUCCGAUGGGUCCCGGAACCUGCGGAGGAGACGACCGACACAAUUGUUCUUUCUGUGGGAGAGUACUAUCUUGACCUGCGGAUGGAUAAGAAGACGGGAGGAAUUGACUGGGCCAUGGCCGGUACAAACAUUGUCGAGAACCCGAAUGAAACACCCCUCAAAAUCUCGUUUACACGCGAACUGGACUCUCUGAAUGAGAUUGGAAUGGUCGACGUUGCCAGAUUUAGCCCUCUUCCUAAUGGCGACGAUCUCGAGCAAGGUGAGAUGCCUCAUCCCGACCUUCCUGGGGCACCUAUGACGGCCUUCGAGGAGGUUUGGCGGAAUCUGCCAUUCAAGGAAGGUCCCGAUGGGCCAAAGACGGGCAUCUCGUGGAUCCUUGAAUCGGAUGAUGAGCAUCUUACCAACAGUGAGCAGGAAGGGGAGUUGACUGUGAACAAAUUGUUCUUCGGCCGCAUUUGGGGAACAUACCUGGGAUUCCACCAGAUUCAAACCCAUUCUCGGCAAAAGGGCUCAGAUGGAGGGUUGUCUCUCAAGAGAACCGGGUCCGAUGUCACUGCUAGAAGGGAAGAGUGGACUGGAGCGGGAUGGGAGGAGAAGUAUCUGGUGGGGCCUGCUGCCGAUGCUGUCCCCUCGAUGAAGUCUGGAUUCGAGGGAGAAGCCAAGGGUUCUUGGAGGGUACCUGGUGAAAAGGUGACUGUGGAUGGGCGGUCUUUCAUCGUUCGGGCAUUUGAGGAGAUCCCAUGA